CACAAACCUCCAACUCCAACUCCAACUCCAACUAUAGCUAUCACCAUAUCAUCAAGAAAUGGACCCUGAUGGCUUCGCGGCGAAUAUGUUCAAGUGGGGCGGUCUCGCCCCGCCACAGCCUCCUCCUCCUCCUCCUCCUCCCCCGCGGGAGCUGGGCGGAUUGGAGGAGCUUUUCCAAGCGUACGGGAUACGAUACUUCACAGCUGCUAAGAUAGCCGAGCUCGGUUUCACCGUCAACACUCUCUUGGACAUGCGAGACGAGGAGCUUGAUGACAUGAUGAACAGCCUCUGCCAGAUUUUCCGCUGGGACCUUCUCGUCGGCGAGAGAUACGGCAUCCGCGCUGCCGUCCGGGCCGAGCGCCGCCGCCACCUCCUCUCCGCCGACGCGUCCCACGCUCUCGACGCGCUUUCACAAGAAGGUUUGUCGGAGGAGAAGGAGGCGGCGGGGAGCGGAGUGUGGGAGAUGGUGGUGGCGAAGCAGAGGCGGAGGUCGAGGAUGGCGUCCAUGGACGAGGACGACGCGGAUGAGACCGAGGACGAUGGAGGGAAUGAGCGGCAGAGGGAGCACCCGUUCAUCGUGACGGAGCCGGGGGAGGUGGCGCGUGGGAAAAAGAACGGCCUCGAUUACUUAUUCCAUCUGUAUGAGCAAUGCCGCGAUUUCUUGAUCCAAGUCCAAAACAUAGCCAAGGACAGAGGAGAAAAGUGUCCCACCAAGGUGACGAAUCAAGUGUUCCGGUAUGCGAAGAAGGCGGGAGCCAACUACAUCAACAAGCCGAAGAUGCGGCACUAUGUGCACUGCUACGCGCUGCACUGCCUGGACGAGGAGACGUCGAACGCACUGCGUCGUGCAUUCAAGGAGCGCGGGGAGAAUGUGGGGGCGUGGAGGCAAGCGUGUUACAAGCCGUUGGUUGCGGUUGCAGCGAGGCAGGGAUGGGACAUCGACGCCAUCUUCAAUGCCCAUCCUCGCCUCUCCAUUUGGUAUGUCCCCACCAAGCUCCGCCAGCUCUGCCACGCCGAGAGGAGCAGUGCCGCCGCAUCCAGCUCCAUCACCGCCGCCGGAGUCGAUCAUCUACCCUUCUAGCUAGUAGGAGUAUUUAUUACUACUACAUUUUCUGCCUGAGGUUUGCU